GAAGACCCAGGCAGAGACCAGCCACAAGGUGUUUCUAGCUGUGCCCAGGGACUGACUGGCCAAGGACCCCCAUCGGAGAGCCUUGGACACCCGAACAGUGAACGAGAAUGGGCGACGAGGAUUACAACACCUCCCUCGCCUACGAUGACUACUCGGAUGAUUUUGACCCCAUCAUGGUCUUGGAGGAGUCUUCUCCCCUGGAAGGCAAGGUGGCCAGGAUCUUCCUGGUGGUGGUCUACAGCAUCGUCUGCUUCCUCGGGAUCCUGGGCAACGGGCUGGUGAUCAUCAUCGCCACCUUUAAGAUGAAGAAGACGGUGAACACUGUCUGGUUCCUCAACCUGGCCGUGGCGGACUUCCUGUUCAACAUCUUCCUCCCAAUCCACAUCGCCUACGCCGCCAUGGACUACCACUGGGUCUUUGGGACGGCCAUGUGCAAGAUCAGCAACUUCCUGCUCAUCCACAACAUGUACACCAGCGUCUUCCUGCUGACCGUCAUCAGCUUUGACCGCUGCAUCUCUGUGCUCCUCCCCGUCUGGUCGCAGAACCACCGCAGCGUGCGGCUGGCCUACGUGGCCUGUGUGGUCAUCUGGGUCCUGGCUUUCUUCCUGAGCUCUCCGUCCCUGGUCUUCCGGGACACGGCCCGCGUGCAUGGGAAAAUAUCCUGCUUUAACAACUUCAGCCUGUCCGCGGCCGGCUCUGCCCCGUGGCCCGCUCACACCCGCCUGGACCCCGUGGGCUUCGGCCGGCACAUGGUGGUGACCGUCACCCGCUUCCUCUGUGGAUUCCUGGUCCCCGUGCUCAUCAUCACGGCCUGCUAUUUCACCAUCGUCUGCAAGCUGCGGCGCAACCGCCUGGCCAAGACCAAGAAGCCCUUCAAGAUCAUCGUGACCAUCAUCAUCACCUUCUUCCUCUGCUGGUGUCCCUACCACACGCUCUACCUGCUGGAGCUCCACCACGCCGCCAUGCCCGGCUCCGUCUUCAGCCUGGGUCUGCCCCUGGCCACUGCCAUCGCCAUCGCCAACAGCUGCAUGAACCCCAUUCUGUACGUCUUCAUGGGCCAGGACUUCAGAAAGUUCAAGGUGGCCCUCUUUUCCCGCCUGGUCAACGCUCUGAGCGAGGACACGGGCCACUCCUCCUACCCCAGCCACAGGAGCUUUACCAAGAUGUCGUCGAUGAACGAGAGGGAGACCAGCAUGCUUUGAGGCUCAUCUGGGAAGCCCGAUGGACAGACACUCCGGCCUUGGAGGCCCCGAGCUCUGCCUUCUCAAGACCACGGCAGAAACCUCUUCAGGACCCACUGAUGCCCGCUGUAGUCUGCCCGGGGCUGACCCGUGUUUUGAGCUGGGAGCCCAGGGCCUGGAACUCCUUUCUUCGAGUGGCCCGGUGGACAGGGCAUGCCGUGUCCUCUCAACCGUCUGGACUGACUCUGUGAGGACCUGGGGCCUGGGGGAGGCGGGGGAGGGAGGCGAGCUACGGCCCUCAAAGGAGGCAGCCUGAAGGUGCUCACCCUCGAACUUCCCAGGGUGAUGGUGCUUUGGGGGCGGCGGCUAUUUGGGGGAUGGGGGUGGUGCCAGCCCCUCGCCCCAGGCCCCCGCUCUCCCCUUGCCUUUGUUGCCUGGGGUCUGGGUCAUGGCGGGCAGCGUCACCCACAGCUUCCACCCCGUCCCCGGGGACUGUCCCUUCCUUCCCUGGUC